AUGUGUACUAAUUUACUUAUUUCUUUCCCUUCCCAACCAACUCAAUGCUUCCAAGUCAACCAUUCUUAUUUAGACUCCCUAGAUCACCAAAAUAGAACUUUAUUUUAUAAUCAUCACUGUGAUCCAGAAGAUGAUUGUAGAAAAUCACUUCCUUGCUUAAAAAGUCAAUUUUUCAAUCACAUCAUCAGUGAAAUACAUAAUGUCGACAUAUCUAAGUUUUAUUUACUCAUAAAUGGCAAAAUAAACAAUAACAUUUAUCAAUAUGCGUAUUCUGAAAUUUCAGAUUCCAUAGAUUUUGAACUUAAAGAUGAGGUGACCAUAGAUGUGCUGUUCAAAGUUUUGGGAGGAAAGGGCGGAUUCGGCAAGAUUCUUAAAAGCCAAGCCAAGAAGAAAAGCCAAUCAAGCAAUUUGGACUCUUGUAGAAAUUUACAGGGCCAGAGAAUAAGAACAGUUAGGUUAUCGGAGCAAAUGAACCGGUGGAAGGAGCAGCAAUCGAACCAGGAAAAUGUGGAUAACAAUUUUUACAAGGUACCAAAAAAAACUGAGUCGGUUGACACGGAAAAGGUCGAGACUUUUAACGAUGAAAAGUAUGUACAGACCAUCGAGAAGGAAGUCAGCAAGGUGAAGCACACUGUCCUCAAGGGUUUCGACAAAAAACUCGACAGGGAGGCCCAGGAAUUGAAAAUGAGCCAGGAGCUCGAAUCGAAGAGGUCUAACCUGCUGGAUGCAUGUUUGGACGUUUACGAUUUGUAA